CUCCUUUAUCGAACCGCUCGGGGAUCAAACACUCACAAACUCACAGCCGCGGAGAGUCGCGUCACCGUCAUGGUUUACUCACCCACCCACGCGUAUGUGCACUCAUUGUCAGGCACUCGACAGUCAUGAGUGCGUUUGUGAUCUGUCAGCGAUACGACACGCACCAGAAAAGUUGCCCCUCUACAUAAUGUCCUCGGCGCAUCACAGGACGAUCAGCAGCACGAUCAGCGUCACAGAAAGGAUCUGCAGACACGUGCGCACGGCCACACAGACAGGUGUGUCGGCGAUUUCCCUCUGGGCGUGUGGUCAGGCUGACCAGAAUGAGGGCGUAUAGGCACGUAUAUGACGACCGCUGCAGCACGCGAACUGCACACACACACACACACACGUCCAUCAAGUGCUGCACACUGCCACCGUUUCACUGCCCACCUAGCAACGUCUGGUUCUGCUUGAGUUGAUGCCUUGUGCGCUCGGCCUGGUGGCGGAUGACACACACACACACACACACACACAUAGAUCACGGUGCGUCUGAGAGAGGGCGUGUUGAUGCGUACAUCAGCAUCGAUAUCGCCGAUUAGUCUGACAUGCAGGUUGAUCUCCUGGUUGAUGUUUCCCCCUAUGCUCUUCAGGUUAUGUACACUCCCCUCUAAAAACUCAAGCGCUGCGUCCUGCUCUGCACACACACACCACACUGCGUCUGUUAUGUGGCGUGGUGUUGUGUUGUGUUGUGUGCGUACCGUGUAUGGAUUUCUCCUGUAGCAUCAUGAUGUCCUGGUCUGACAUGUUGUGGAGCUCAUCCUCAGUGUGCCGCAAGCGUGUGGAGGCGGAUGUGGCGGUCGACCCGUGACUCAGAGGCUCGGUCAACCCACUCCUGCAGCGAUGCAAUGCACGUGAGCAGCCUUAGGCACGUGUGUGGACAGAUGGAUAGAUGGAUGGAUGUGUGGGUGAGUGGUCACCUGAAUCCCUCCCUGAAUGUUUCCUCCAGCUGCUCCCGUUCCUGCUGCAGCUUCGCCACCUUGUCACGCCGACGAGUCAGCUCCUUGGUUGUGCUAAUCACACACGCACACAGACACGCACCCAAGAGGGUGAGAAGGGACAGUCAGCGACGCAGACCUCUCACAUGUUGUAUGCGGGCGGGUUGGCUGCGGAUGUCGACACGGCCUGCUCGAGGUGAGAGAUCUCUUGGGCCAGCUGAGCUAUUUGCCCUCGGACGAUGGCUGUAUGCUGCACGAUGAAUCAAAACACACAAACACGCACGUUGCCGAGGUGAAUGAACACUGAUGUUUGUGAUAUAGGUACCAUCUACAGUACACCAUCCUCACCUUGCCGCGGCCGCUGCUUCCCGAUGCCGCAUUGUCCCGUUUCUUGAUCUCCAGAGCGAUGUCGCGGGUGAGAGCUUUCGCCCGGUUGAAGUCUUGAAGCCAAUAGUCAUUCAUCUCAGCAGCCAACUGUAAGCCAACAC